AUGGAUCUCAGUACUGACUCCGGGACACUCCCCCCCCACACCACUGUAAGAGGACCGAUGUUGGGGCAGGAACUGUCCCUGUCUAAUGCUCGCUGUCAAACAGAAAGUGGAGGCACCAUCUCACUACAUUUGUUGGAGUUUAAAACCCAUCUACUUGAAGCUGUGGAGGAGCUGCAUAUUCGAAGGGAUGCAGAGACUCGCUUCGAGGAUCAGAUCAGUAAACUGGUGCUGGAGAAGCAAGAGCUGGAGUGGGAGAAGGAAUCCCUACAACGUCAGAUUGAAACAGUGGCCAACCAACACACUGAGUCAAUCCUCAAUGUGAAGAAAAAGCUUCAGGCCAAAAUCAGAAACACAGUGGAGGAGAAGGGUAAAUACCAGGUCAGUGCUGAGAUAAAAGACAAGGAGAUUAACAACCUGAAGGACGAGCUGAAGACGCUACAGUUACUGAAGUACAACUUGGAGAAGAAAUCCAGUGAACUGGAGGUGAAACUAGCCCUGCAGACCCGGUCAAAGGACAGCCACCUGAACCAGCUGGGAGAGGUGGAGAAGCGUUUCAGUGCCCUGUCCAGGCAGUGUGCCGUGGUCAAGCAGGCCCACGAGAAACUGGAGCAAAAUGUUGAUGAGGCAAUGAAAAUAAAUAAGAAAAUGACAACUGCAUGUGAAAAACAAGAGGCAACCAUUGUGUCACUAACAAAGGAGGUGGAGGAGGUUAGUAACAAGCUGAUCAAGGCCAAGAUGUCUUCAGUGAGACAUGACCAGGCCCAAAGUCCUACAGGCAGAGAGCAGCAUUUCCAGCAGCUGCACCAGAAACUCAACAUGGAAACUGAAAUGAACAAGAAACUAAGAGAGGAAAAUGAAGCUGUGAGAGCAGAAAAGCAGGAAGUGAUGAGGGCUAUGCAGCACGCCCAGCAGCUGCUGCUGUGUCAGACGCAGACAGUCAGCAGAGUCGAUCUGGAGAUGAAGACACAGAGAGAGCAGCAGCAGGCCCUUAAGCAGGAGCACCGGGCGAUGCGGGAGAAAAGCAAGGCCCUGGAAGACAAGGCGGCCCGACUGAUGGAGAGCUACACGGCUUCACAGAACAGCUGGGACAAAGAGAAGGCCAUGUUUCUGGGUCGCAUCAGGAGUGAGCAGCAGGAACUUCAAGCUGUGAAAGAGGCUAACGACGAGCUUCAUCAGAAAAACACUGAACUGUCCUCACAGGCUUCAGUGCAGGCUCAGCAUAGAGAGGAAUUGGAGAUGAGAGACAUCAGUCAGAGCCACAGUGAUUCUACAGAGGUCUUCUCCACUUUAGUGAAGGGAAUCAGAGGAGAGGAAACUCUUAAUGAACCCAUCUCCAGCGCAGAGCUUAGCUCUGGCAGCGUGCAGCACUUGGCCUCCACUCAGACCAGAUACCCAGACUGUCUGGAGGACAGUGGAGCUGCGACAGAGAUAGUCACCACUGGAGCAACUGGAGUAGUUGCUGUAUCAAGCCCUGUCCACAGGUCUAUUGAUGUUUCUGUGGACUCGCAGAUCGAAGAGGGGGAAAGAAACGAGGAAGAGCAGUGUAAUAGAGAAGAAGUCCAAGGAGAAAAGAGAGGAACGCUCAUGGCCCAAACAACAGAUAGAGCCGACGGAAGAGAAGAUAGCCUGUUCUCAACAGAAGAUGCAGGGGACCCCAAACAGCCUGAAACAGAAACAAAAGAUAUAGCAGAGGGAGAAGAGACAUGUGGAGCGGAGGAGAGAGGAAAGACAGGGCUGCACACAGCAGAAACCCAGAUACGGGUCCAGACGACUACUGAUACGCCUAUCGAGAAGAGCAACACACAGCAGGUUGUUGACUCCAUGGAUGCUGAGCCACCUCUGACUGACUGUGAGCCCUCAGACUGCUCUCACAGUCUUCCUCAGACAGUCAGUGAGAAGGAUGCUGACUGCAGCCAUGUGAAGAAAGAAUAUGAGACCAGGAAAGAAGUACAUUUGGUCUGUUCUGAUGAGCACCAAAGUCUCGAUCUUGAGACAAACGUAAAUCAACAAGUGCAACGUCUCGGUCAUGAUGAGGUCCAGACCUUUGCUGAGUCACUCGCUCAUCCGCCAAGUCCCAUUCCAGUUUUUGAGAAAAAAACGGAAGAGAAAAUAUCCGAGAUUUCAUCAGCCAAUAAACCCACUGAUCUUUCUGUACCAUUAGCUGCUCAGUUGGAUGGUACUGUCAGUAUUCAAGAGUCGGAGCAAGCUACAACACAAGCGAGUAACCCUUCUGACAUCACUAGAAACAUGAAGCUAACAGAUGAAAUUGGUGAUACACCUGUGAGGGAAGAAUGUGUGUUGGUGACAACAGAGGUUGAACAACAAGCAUUACCUCAAAGUCAGGACAUCUCAGAGCAGAAUGUACAGCUGGAGUCUCCUGUAGCCAAUGGUGAUGAUGAUGGUGAUUCAAAUGCAUGUAAAAAGAAGGAAGACAAGUCAAAUGCUGAGACACUUGAUAACAUUGAGGCUCCCCAGGAUCCUGUGGAAAAAUCUAAUUUGAAGGACGCCUGUGCUGAUAUCACAAUGGAAACUGUUGACCUUGAAUCUCAGGUUGAGACUCAUAGCUGUCGGGAACAACUGAAAAAUGACAAAAUAGAAGAUGCAGGAGAUGCAAAGAUGACUACAAGUAAAACUGAUUUGAAGCUCGUCCAUCAAAGUCAUGGAAGUAAUGCAUUGCCGGGUAAUAGCAGCAUAAAUGUCAAUGACAUGCUGCAUGAGGGUACUUCAGAGUUGUCUCUGCCCAGCAAUAGGACUUACAGGUCGUACUUGGACUGGGCCGGUGCUAAGAGAAAAAAUUCAGAAGCCUCCACCUUACAUCCGUCUGCUCAGGGAUUUCCUAUGUCUGAGCAGAAUACAAGUGAUUCCAGUGGACUCAGACACUGCACCAUACCCUUGUUUCUCAAAAGCAAGCGCACCAAAGUCCCCUUGGUGAUUAGCAGGGCGUCGGAUCUGUUGAAUGCCUCCAGUGUCUCUGGGACUGCAGCGUCCACACAGAGACAACAGCAGGGAGAGCGGAAAGAUUCGGGAGAGACCUGCAAAGAGACGGCAAACAUGGGGAGCAGAGCUUCUCUGUCCACUACUUCAUUUCCCGUCAACACUUCUACAGCAGUCAGCAGACUGUCAUGGCAGAACACCCCAGGGUGUAGCAGAGCUCCCACCUCAGCUGCAGGUCCCAGCACAGACGGGGACCUGUCCUGCUCCCAGGAAAGGGAAGACCAACAGGCAUCGUUCAGAACCCAGAUCUCCAAAAUCGAACAGUUCCUCAACACAGAGAGGCUUCGUCUGCCCAAAAGACGGAAAACUGACAACUAA